GUUGUCAAGGAUUCAGAGGUGGUGCCUCGGCUGCCGGUGAAGCAUUAAAUGGCCUCAGCCUUGGCCUUUCAGACUCCAGAGAUGCAGGAAGGACUUAUAGCAGUGAAAGUCAAAGAGGAAGAGAAGGACCAUGCCUGUGGGCAAGAAUCUGGCCAGUCAAGAGAUAACCUGCACACCAGAGAGAUCUUUCGUAGACGCUUCAGGCAGUUCUGCUACCAGGAGACCCCUGGGCCCCGAGAGGCUCUUCGAAGACUCCAGGAGCUCUGCCAUCAGUGGCUGAGACCAGAGAUGCACAGCAAGGAGCAGAUCCUGGAGCUGCUGGUGCUGGAGCAGUUCCUGACCAUCCUGCCCGAGGAGCUCCAGGCCUGGGUGAGAGAGCACCGUCCAGGGAGUGGAGAGGAGGCAGUAACUGUGCUGGAGGAUUUGGAGAGAGAGCUGGAUGAACCAGGAGAGCAGGUCCCAACCCGUGAUCAUGUACAGGAAGAGCCUGUGAAGGGGAAAACAAUUCUAGGAGCAGCCCAGGAGUCGUCAAGUGGCCAGCAUCAAACUCUGGAAGAGCAGUCUCAGUGCAACUUGCAAGAGUUGUGCCCAGCUCAGGAGACUGAUGAUAAGGCUGGGACUUGGAAUGCCGAGUUAGCCCCAAAGAGAGAACUGUCUAAAGAAAUGAAACCUCUGGUAGAAGUAACUGAAAAACUGAAUGGUGAUAUUAUUCGGAUGCCUGAAUGUGGAGAGACCUGUGAGCACGAAGGCAGACUGGAAAGGCAAAGGGUAAGCUCUUCAGUGGAGAGACCCUAUAUCUGUGGUGAAUGUGGGAAAAGCUUUACCCAGAAUUCCAUCCUCAUCGAGCACCAGAGAACACACACGGGCGAGAGGCCCUAUGAGUGUGAUGAGUGUGGGCGGGCCUUCAGCCAGCGGUCAGGACUGUUCCAGCACCAGAGACUCCACACUGGGGAGAAGCGCUACCAGUGCAGUGUUUGUGGCAAGGCCUUUAGCCAGAACGCUGGGCUUUUCCAUCACCUCAGGAUCCACACAGGGGAGAAACCUUACCAGUGCAAUCAGUGCAGUAAGAGCUUUAGUCGACGUUCUGUCCUCAUUAAGCACCAGAGAAUUCACACUGGAGAAAGACCUUAUGAAUGUGAAGACUGUGGCAAGAACUUCAUUUACCACUGCAACCUCAUCCAGCAUCGGAAAGUCCACCCUGUGGCUGAAUCCAGCUAGCUCCUUGGAACAGGUGGAUGUUGAUUACUGCUUCUGACCCUGGGAACAGAGUGGAGGUAGCUGACAGUUGGAAUCUCAGGAGACUGCUGAAGAGGGACCCUGAAGGCUGAGAAGACUGGACUGGGUCCUAACGGAAUCUAGGGUUGCGCAGCAUGGUGAGAGUGGCCAGGUGUCCUCAAUGGAGGAGAAAUAUAUGAGCCCAGACUCUGUGGCUAUUGGACACCACAGGUUAUGGGCCCUUGUGGAUAUGCCUGCCUGAUCCGAUAAGAGGAAGCCUCUGAGCACGCGGACGCGGGGCCGGGUGCCAGACCAACUGCUGAGAUGACGGGUGCUCCUGAUUUCCCAGGGAGCCGGCCGGCACGCGUCCCAGCAUUGUGACGUAUUUUCGGUUCCUCGUGCGCGCUGUGCCCUAAAGAGCGUUUUUCAAUUGUUUCCAGAGCCUGAGCAGGUGCUGGUGGGAGCUUGUGUCCUUCUCCCCACGCAGGGUACUUUAUACCUCUGCAGAGAUCUUGGGACUGGAGGCGGGGAUGUGGACCCCUUUUUCUCAGGCUUCGCUUGGGUUCCUCUCUCUUGCCUUUACAUAGACCCCUCAGGAUUCGACUUUCCGUGUCGGCGCUUCCGGACGUUUCGGAGAUACAGAGUAGUAGAGGUGGGUCUCUACGGAUUACCUGUUUCUCAGGUGAAGACAGAUUUACCAGUGAGGAGCCCCUCUCCAGGGUCCGUUGGCUGACGGAUCCUUAAGGCUAAAAUACGGUUUAUUAUACCUUUUCUGAAUUAGCAUGAGUAGUUUUUUAGCUUUAAUUAAAAUCCCUUAUAUAAUAAUGGUCAUAUUUGUAUCAUAGAGGCUUAGCUCUUUAAAAACAUACUAUAACGUGAUCCUCACAGUUUUGCAAAACAAAGGGAAGUACUCUGUGAAUUUCUGUGGCUAAGGAAACAGACGCAGAAGCGCGACAGAGGAAGUAGGGGAGGGUGGCCUCUCGUUACUGACAGGUAAAAGUAGAAGCCCAGGUUCCACCUUUGAUUUCCAUUGAACUCCUCACCGUCGGGUAGGGGUGGGAGUUCUGGCUUCCAGAAGAUCACCAUAGACACUGUGUGAGUGCUGACUUCUUACUGCUGAAUGAUGGUAAAAGUCCUGACUCCCCACUGGCCCUUUUCUGACAUUGCCUCAUGGUCACCCUCCCCUACUUCCCCUGCCACAAUAAUUUAGAGGAAACCAGAUAAAACCUAAGGUUUAAACUCCAGAGUCUCAUAAUACAGAAUAUCCACAUUUCAAUUUAAAGAAAUAAUCAGAAUACCAAGAACCAGGAAGAUCUUAAACUGAAUGAAGAAAAUUAAAAGAUGCCAACACCAAGCUAACAGAGAUGUUAGAAGUAGUCUGACGAAGAUUUAAAGCAACAAUGAUUUAAAAAAAAAUGCUUCAAUGAGAAAUUGUGAACACAUGUAAAAGAAAUGAAAAUAUAGAAAGUCUCAGCAGGGAACUAGAAAGUGCUAGCCUCCCCCCCCCCAAAAAGAUAUAAAAGAGAACAAAAAAUAUUGUAAAAUUAAAGCCUAUGGGUGAUCUCAACAACAGAAUGGAGGAGUUAGAGGAAAAGAAUUUGUGAACUAGAAGAUAAAACAGAAAUGACCCAAUCCAAAUAGAAAACAGACUUGGGGGAGGGGGGCGGUGAGGGAGAAAAGGGUAAUAGGUUGGGAAAAAAGUUCCUUAAAAUUAUGUUCACUUCCUAGUCACCAGAACCUAUAAAUAUUACCUUAUGUGGUAAAACAGUGAAUAUUAUUUUAUAUGGAAAAAUAAGGAUCUUGAGAAAGAUUACCCUGGAUUAUCCAGGUGGGUCAUAUAAGAAAGAGGUAGAGGGUAAUGAGACACGUGAGAGAAGAUGGUGAUGUGAAAGUGGAGGCAGAGAUUGGAGUGAUGUGGCCUCAAGCCCAAGGAACACCAAGCCAUGACCAGCAGCUCUAGAAGCUGGAAGAGAAAAACAGGGUCUACCCCAGAGUCUCUGCAAGGAGCACAGCCCUGACCACACCUUGAUUUCAGACUUCUAGAACUGCAGAGAGAAUAAAUUUCUGUUUUAAGCCACAAAUUUGUGGUAAUUUGCUCUAGCAGCUAAAGGAAACAAUGCUAAGAACCUCUGGACAUGUGCAACUAUAGAAAAGAUGUAAUGUUUAUGUUUUGAAGUCCCAAAGAGGAUGGAGCUGAAAAAGUACUGGAAGAAAUAGUGGCUGGAAACUUCCACAAGUUGGCAGUAGACACAUACCUACAGAUUCAAGAAGCUGAGCAAGUGAGAACAGGAAAAACCCAGAGAAAUCGAUUCAAAACCACAUCACAGACUUCCUAAACCCAAAGACAAAAAAUUUUGAAAGCAGUCAGAGAAAAAUGACAUCUAUAGGAGAAAAUUCAAAUGACAGUGGAUUUCUUAUGAGUAAUAAUGGAGGCCAGAAGCAUUGGCAUGGUUAUUUUUAUAGAUCUGAAAGAAAGGAACUGUCAAGCCAGAAUCCUCUAAUUGGUGAGAAUAGCUUUCAAGAGUGAAGGGGAGAAGUUCCUGCUGUGGUGCCUCGGGGUUGCAGCAGAGAUGUGGGUUCAUUC